AGUUUCGAUAAAAUGCUUCUCGCGGGACUGUAACCGGCUGCUAGCUCUUUUCCUCCGCUUCGCUUUUCCUUCGUUCUAUCUCGAGGAUUGCAAAUGGCGGCGAGGAGCGCUCUUCUGAAGUACCUCAGAGUGAAUGUACGUCCCAUUUCCAGAAACCCUAACCCUAGAACCUUCGCCCUUCCCUUCAAUGUCUUGCAACGCGGCUUUGCCGAGGAGGUACGGGGUUCCUUUCUCGACAAAUCGGAGGUCACUGAUCGAAUUAUCUCCGUGGUAAAAAACUUCCAGAAAGUGGAUCCUUCCAAGGUAACCACCAAUGCGCAUUUCCAGAAUGAUCUCGGGUUAGAUAGUCUAGAUGCAGUGGAGAUUGUGAUGGCACUUGAAGAAGAGUUUGGGUUUGAGAUCCCGGAUAAUGAAGCAGAUAAGAUCAAUUCAGUUAGCCUCGCUGCUGACUUCAUUGCUUCUCACCCCCAGGCAAAAUAGGGCAAAAAUUUUUCUCAUUUCCAUUUUACGCGGUUGCUGCAUGGAAUUAGCUGUAUCUUGAUUACCUCAUUCUGCAGUUGUCAGUUUUUGGUUUUUUUUCUCCUUGGAAGUCAGUCUCCAAAGGAAUGUUUUGGAUUUACUUGCGGACUUCAAUGGUGCCUGCUAUUUCCACUCGAUGGAAAGUUUGCAGUCUACAAUGAGUUUGUUUGAAUGAUGUUUCUGUAUUUUAAAUAAAAACUCAAGUAGCUAGGUCGAUGCUUAUUGAAAAAAUUGAUUGUUACAUUGUUGUUUA